AUGAAGGGCAUCUCGAUCUUCUUCCUUGCAGCCUUUGCUGCUUUGAGCAGCGCCGCUGCCAUUGGCGCCGAAAACCUCCAACGCGAUGUCUUGGACAAGCGUUGUGCCGGGUUCGGCCAAUUCUGCAGCACCGAUUCCGAUUGCUGUGGAAGCUAUACCUGCUUUGAGGAGACUCACUGCUACGACAUCUCCUAA